AUGAUCCUUAUAAAUGAGACGGACCUUCAUAAUGUUAUUGUAAGUUACAUUAGAGAUAACUACCCAAAGGCCAUAAUAUUACCUGGUCUAAGUGAGUAUCAGGAUACUGUGUCAAAAAGAUGUGAUGCCUGGAAGAAGGGAUAUAAAGGUGGUCAACCAGAUCUUAUCAUAGAGAAUCCUAUGGGAAAGUACAAAGGAUUUGCUAUUGAAUUUAAGUCUCCCAAGGGCACCGGAGUUAUAAGUGAGAAUCAGGAUAUAUGGUUUAGGAAAUUGAGGGGAAUAGGGUACAUGACAAUGGUAUCAGAUGAUCUGGUACAGACUUGUAUUAGAAUCAACGAGUACUUCUCACUUAAGAAAACUGUAAGGAAAGUUGCAGUAAGAAAUUCAACUUGCGACGUGAAGACGUACAGACCAAGGUUUAAUUCAGGUAAGUUUUGAGACAUCUCACAAACAGAUUUAAGUUAUCUCACCAGUUAUCUCACCAGUAGAUUUAAGUUAUCUUAGAAGUAAAUUUGAGACAUCUUACAAACAGAUUUAAGUUAUCUCACAAGUAGAAUUUAAGAUGUCUCAUAAGACUAAACCCAGUUAAACCUAAGGUAUCUUACAAGUAUAAUGGAAGAUAAACCUGAGCAAAUCCAAGCACAAGUAACAAGUGAGAAGAAGAAGGACCCGAAGAGAGUAGCGGCAGGAAAACGAUUAGCUGCAAUCAGCAAAAUAGCAAAGGAGAGGAAAAAGAAACUUGCAGAACCUAAGGAGCCUUCAAGUAAUGACAGUAUGAUUACCUACAUAGGAGUGGCCAUUGCACUGGUAUCUCUAGUGCUAGCAUUCAAGUCGCAUCAGAGGGAAACCAGGGAACCGGAACCCAAGCACGCAACUGAGACUGUCGAGAUAACCAGGGAAGCUGAUGCGUCCAAGCUAGAUUCACUUGAAUGA